GCUGCGGCUGAAGGUUGUAUAGAAAGCUGCAAAGUUUGAUGCAGCCUGGAGCUGGCGGCGGGUGACCAAGGAUUCCAGCCUUAACACCGUUAUUCUCAAUUUAAAAAUAAUUUGUCAAAUAAAAGGAUGCAUUGGAUGGCCAUUGAUAUCCAUGCGGAUAGAUGGUGGUGAAAUUGACUAGUCUGUCUUUGUUUAGGGAUUUUUUCUGGAAGGUGAUAUCGCAACGAUGGUGUGUCAGACGUUCAGAAGUUUACAAAGAGGCGACUUCAGUGCUCUGCUGGCUGUGGCGGUGCUUGGGGUUCUGUUUGAAGGGAUGCAAGAAACCACGGCAUUUCCCACCUGGAGAAUAGAGGAAGAAGUUCACACCUCUGGUGUGUUAAUGAUUGGGAUUCGCAAAGAUGCCCGCACGCAGGUUCUACACCUCUCCAGGAACAAGCGCUACACCCUCACCCCUGAGAAACUCAAAUGGGACAAGUUCAAGCUCACUUACAAGCUGCUCUCUUUUCCAAAGAACCUGAUGAAUGCCAGUGACACGCGCCGGGGCAUUGCCAAAGCCUUCACUAUGUGGAGUGAUGUCUCGCCCUUCAGCUUUAGAGAGGUGCCCGCUGACCAGGAGGCAGACAUCAAGAUAGGCUUUUACCCCAUCAACCACACAGACUGUCUGCAGUCCUACUUGCACCACUGUUUCGACGGCAUCACCGGCGAACUGGCACAUGCUUUCUUCCCUCCGACGGGCGAGAUCCACUUUGACGACCAUGAGUAUUGGAUUCUGGGAAACAUGCGCUUCAGCUGGAAAAAAGGGGUGUGGCUGACAGACUUGGUCCAUGUAGCGGCUCACGAGAUUGGCCACGUCCUGGGCCUCAUGCACUCCCUGAACCCCAAGGCCAUCAUGCACCUGAACGCAACUCUAACGGGGCGCAAGCUCAUCACACAGGACGAGGUGUGGGGCCUGCACCGACUCCAUGGAUGUUUGGAUAGAUUAUUUAUCUGUCCAGCCUGGGCGCGGAAAGGCUAUUGCGACAGCAAGCGAAAGCUCAUGCAGAAGCACUGCCCCUCGAGCUGUGAUUUCUGUUACGAGUUCCCCUUCCCCACCGUGGCCCCCACCCCCACCCCCCAACGGACCAAACACAAGCUGGUGGCUGAGGGGAAGAAGCUCACGUUCCGAUGUGGAAAGAAAAUUGCAGCAAAGUCAGGCAAAGUAUACUGGUACAAGGACGGAGAGAUUCUGGAGUACUCCCACCCUGGCUACAUCUCCCUAAAAGACGAUCACAUCAGUAUCGUGGCCAACGCCAUCAAUGAGGGCACAUACACCUGCAUCGUGAGGAAAAAGAACAAGGUCCUCACCAACUACUCUUGGAGGGUACGAGUGCGCUUCUGAGGGUGAUGCCCCCAUCCGCACAUAGAAGCACUGGGUAUUAGCACAGAGAACACACAACCGUAGAAACAAAAUUACCAGAAGAAGAAAAGCCCUUAGACAACUGCAUUUUCACACAUUGACUUGAAUUGGAUGUCCGUUCUAGGAAUUAUAUUUAAAGCACACCUUCACUCAAACAUUGCUUGUUCAAAACGGGGACCUCACUCACUUGGGCACAUAUUUUAAUGUAUGUACAUUGUCUAAACAAUACCCUCAAAACAAUCAUGUUUCAGGUUUUUUUGUAAUGCAUUUUCGUAUGUGCACAAUAAACCCUUUUGUUCUGUGGUAAGUAGUAUAUAGAAUCUAGAUGUAAAACUACAUUGUGUCCAAGUGAGUAUUAGAUACACUGCUGGCAUUGUUUCUGUUAUGUAUUAUGUGAACAAUAGACUGUUCAUUGAAGUUAGAGCUCACUGACACUUACAGGGUAGCUAGUAGCCUCAAACUUUCCUAAAUAUUGUCCAGGAAUUUCAAAUAAAUGUAACUAGCCUGGCUACUUUAUGCCAUGGGUAAUGCAUUCUAAAAGCUACUGCAUCAAUGCAUGACACCUACAGUAUAAACAACAUAUUGGUUCCAUGUUUCAUGAGCUGAAAUAAAAGAUCACAGAAAAGUUC